UCUCUUCUCUUUCUCUCUCUCUCUCUCUCUCUCUCUCUGUCUCCUCAAAGUUAGGGUUUACGUUCUGUAAUUUUCUGUCUUCGAUUUGUCUUCUCGCCACUCCAAUUUCCGAUUUUCCAAUUGAUGGUUCAGUUUAUGGGUUUAAGGGAUCACGGUUCUGAAUCCAAGGUCAAUUUCGUGAUCGAAGAUUCGCUCGAAGAAGAACACGCUCCUCUCAACAAGCGUUGCAAACAAUGGAGUAGUUUAAAUGGUCCAUGUUUCAGUUUUCCUUCUCAAGAUCAUAACAUACUAGAUGAGCCUAGCCCUUUGGGUUUACGUCUUAGGAAGAGCCCUUCGCUGUUAGAUUUGAUUGAAUCGAAGCUCUCUCAAGGGGAUAAGUCUGUUUCAAAUGCAAAGGACGAUAAUCUUAGCUCUGGAGUGAAAAAGGAGAGCCGGGGUCCUGUUGAAAGGCUUAAGGCUUCGAAUUUUCCAGCUACGGUUUUAAGAAUUGGUUCUUGGGAGUAUAUCUCAAAACAUGAGGGUGAUUUAGUGGCGAAGUGUUACUUUGCCAAACAGAAGCUUGUUUGGGAAGUUCUUGAGGGUGAGCUGAAGAGUAAAAUCGAAAUACAAUGGGCAGAUAUCACUGCACUUAAAGCAAAUUGUCCUGAUGUCGGACCUAGCACAUUGUCUAUAGAGGUUGCUAGACAGCCUCUUUUCUUUAGGGAGACUAAUCCUCAACCUAGAAAGCAUACAUUGUGGCAGACAUCGACUGAUUUUACCGGUGGAGAGGCUAUUAAAUCCAGGAAGCAUUUUUUGCAAUGUGAACAAGGAUUGCUGAUUAAGCAUUUUGAAAAGCUCAUUCAGUGUGAUGAACGUCUUCAGUCUUUAAGCCAACAGCCAGAUAUAACAACGUUGGAUUCACCUCAUUCUGAUUUUGCUUUUGAUAAGUAUGACAAUCUUAAAAAAUAUGAUUUAGAUCAAGCCAAUGGCAAAGGAUCAGUUACGUCUCGUUUUCAGAACACGGGAUCUCCUCAUUCAUCCCUGUCACCAUCAUUUACCUUAGACAGCAAUCCUUUUGAAGGAGCUUCUUCUAGUUCAGAAGGGUUAAAUAGUUCUGAAGCUGAUUCGAAGGGCCCAAAAAACUGGGAUCAAAUAAAACUACAGGGGCUUCGUCAGUCCAUGUCAGUCAGCGAUUUUAUUGGCCAAAUUGACCAAAUUGAACAUCGCCUUUCCGAAGAAAAGGCCUCAGGGAAUCUGUCAUCUUCUGCUAAAAGAAAGGACGUCUGUGUAAUGCUGGAGAACAUUGCACAUCAUCUCCUUACUGACAAUCAUGUUAUAACAGAUUCUGACGAAAUAUCACUUAUGUCUAGGGUCAAUUCUCUUUGCUGUCUUCUGCAAGAGGAUCCUGCAGCAAUGCCAAAUUCACAUGACAAUUCGCAUGACAACAAGAGCUCAGUUGAAGGACCUAAUGAUGGAAACAAUAUUGAACUUGGUCAUGAUCUCGAGUCAACGCAGAGCAACAAAAUCAAAAUAGAUGUGAAGGCUGCCGAAGAGGACUCGAGAAAUGUUUACAGUGGCCAUCAGGCACCGGGCAUGUCUAGGAAAGACUCAUUAGAAGAAUUGCUUCAAAAUCUCCAUGGCCAUCAGGCACCGGGCAUGUCAAGGAAAGACUCAUAUGGAGAUUUGCUUCUGAAUCUCCCUCGAAUAACAUCUCUUCCAAAGUUCUUGUUUAACAUAUCAGAAGAUUAGUCUCAUGUUUGAAAUUUUAGGAUGUUCAAGUAGGCAAAACAAGUUCAAUUUUUAUCAUGGGGUGCACUAGGAUUUGGAAAAUAUUUUAAUGAAGAACCUUGGUGCAACCCAUGUAUUAAACUAAUAGGUACUUUUAGUCUCGUUGACAUUUGUCUGCGUGCAAGUCAAUUAUGCGUUGCCUAGUAAAUACAUUGAAUUUAUAAUUA